UCAAAUUGAAUAGCUUGAGUGGUGACGGUCAUCUGUAGCACUGGUCGAGUUUUUCGUGAGAACCAUUCCUUCAGCAUUUCCCCGGCAUUUUCGUUCCCAGUGACUUCAACAGCAGCCUGCUGCCAGUCGGCGAUGGUGGCAGCAGAAUAGGCGAAGUUACGGAACAUCGAAAAGCAAGCCUCAUCAGGUUUUGCCACGCUCACGACAUUUGAGAGCCACUGUUGAAUAACAGAAUGGGUUAGCGUCACGUGUGCUAAUGUGUAGGUCGGAUGUUCAACAAGUCGGUCUUUGGAUGCUUCACUGUAGAUCCACUGGUGUUUUUCACGCUUGAAGUUUUUGUUCAGAGAAAACACCACUUCUACAGCUGGUAUGUCAACUCCAUCAAGUGUAGUUCUGUUGUGUAUCAGGGUUUCCGCCUUUUCAAAGCCGGCAAAUGCCAUAUGUUGAGUGGCAAGCGGUACCGUUCUUUCGAAACAGGUGAUGUCACCGGAAACAAACUUCGUAGCCGCAUUCGAUCGUACAUGGCCAGCAGUAGUAAACCUCACACAGAGAUCAAGAGUAGCUCUUAGGACAGGAUUCUCCAAACCGGGGAACAGCCUUUUGGCUGAGCCAGCGUUCAGUAAAGUUCCGACCAUAAUUGGUGCAUUCCGGUUCCAUCGAGGAGCAAUCGCUUGA